AUGCCGAGAGCUGGAGGAAGCCGCCGUGACAGGACUCCUGACGGCGUGCUGCUGGAGUCUCGCCUGUCGAACGAAGAGGCAGCGGGGAAGAUCAGGAAGUUGUUGGUCCCUGAGGGCCAGCAGGGGGCCCUGGACGUGACACCGGCGUGGACUAGUGGCCCGGGCGUCGCGAGCGGCGAGCUGCAGGCCAGCAGUGGGGCUGCUGUGGGCAGGAGCCGCCGCACCGGAGGAGGAGGCGCCACCGGCAGCGGGUCGGCGCCGGCACCGGAGGACCGGGGGAAGCGCCCCCGGCUCUUUAUUCCUAUGCUGGAGUCCCCGCCAUCACCAUUGCCAGGCAAGGGGGGAAGCCGGGACGGCCAGCCGUCUUGCGCGGGGCCGUCGGCGGGGGCGGCAUCUGCAGUUCUGGAACCGCACUUUGGUCUGCUUGGGCCCGAUCCGGCGCUCGGAGACCACGCGGCAGCCCCGCAGAACCCCCGGCCGCCUACGGGCGCCGCUGAGAGCCAUGGGCGGCCGGAGGCGCCGGGGCCGGUGCCAGCCCCUGAGCCGAGCGCGCCCGAGCCUAGUGCACCGGCGGAGCCAGGGCUAGCAAGUGCGGCGGCGGAGACGGAGCCAGCGGACACGGCGGCGGAGACAGGGCCGACGGACGCGGCAGCGGUGCCGGAGCCGGCAGAAGUGGCGGCGGAGCCAGAGCCAGAGGGCGUGGCAGCGGAGCUAGGGCCGGCAGACGCGGCGGCGGAGCUGGGGUCGGCGGACGCGGCGGUCGAGAAGGGGCCGGCGGAUGCGGCAGCCGAGACAGAGACGCAGCCGCUGCCCGAGCGUCCGACGCCGUCCGAGCCCGCCCCAAGCGCGCUGAGCGCGGGGUGGCGGGAUGCUGUUGUCUUCGCUGUUCAAGAGCUGAAGGAGCAGACACUCGACCACAUGACCCAAUCAGCUUCUGCAAGCGCUACUACAUUGCUUGGUAUCUUCAAGAGUUACAAUCCCAUGCUUGAUACCUCGUUGGUAACAGUCGGGUUUAAUUGUACUAGUGAGGAGUCUGCAAAACUUGUCGAAAGCAUCCAGCCAAUAGUCCCAGCCUUUGUCGAGUGUUUGAGGCUUAGUUUGCUUAGUGAUGAUAGUGAGGAGAGUCCCUCAGACUGA